AGCACUUGACGGUGGCCCGACGUUGGGCAUUUCGGGGCAGCUCCUUUUGCCUGCGUCAGAUAAACGGGUAGCUCUGCGUUGACCGGUGCCAUACGCCUCCGUUCCUCUGAUUUGCACGCCCCUUACCUGUAUUGUAGCAUGCUGGGCUGAAUCGUAUGUCCCCAACACUGGCCGAACUCUCCGUCUCCCACCUCUGUUGCUCACUGCACGCGCCCUCACCCAUCCGCCCCUGCAAGGAUUACACGCUCCCUUCCCCACCUGCUCGUGUCCCUGCGUUCUCCCGCGUCACGCUCCCUUCCCCACCGCCCCUGCAACUACCGCCUCCCGCUCCUACCGGGCGCAGGCCUCCCCUCGUUCAGCUGCCGCUUUUGGCGGCUGCAAGCGGCCUGUACCUAUGCUGUCACCGGGGACCGAGCACAAACUCCAAGGCGGGGGUUUGCGCUACCAUGGCGGCCGUCCGCAUAACAAGAAGGCUAAGCGGCAAUGUGUUCCGGCAAAAGGCCCUUCCGUUGACACCGCAAUGGAGGAGGCUCUCGACGAGGUUGAGGAGAUCACGACCAUUAGCAAUCUGGUAUUCACCGUCGACUCCCCCGCUGCUGUCCCAAAAGCCAUUAACGAUUCUGGCGUUGCCAUCCUCCAUGACUCGGACAUCUGCAAGACAGUCACCCCUGAAGCAGUUGAGCGAGCAUUGCAACACGGGAGAAAGUCUGAAGCCAUCUUCCAGGGCAUUGCGCAAAAGCGGAAUGGGGAGUUCGUGCCGGAGCGCGACCACAAGGGGAAACCCACUGGCUAUCUGAUGUCCACGUACGGAUCUCGACAGCGGCAGCAGUGCCCUAUCGACCCUGACAACCCUGACGAUGCCGAUGUGCUGGCAGAUUUCCGCGGUCUGGUGGAGCCCAAGAUCAAGGAGGCUAUGGCAGGAAUGGGUGAUGCCAACCUCAAGCUCGACCCUCCCAGCAUCCUGCUAAAUACCCAAUCCGAGAGGCAAAAGCCUGUGGCACGACAGGGCAACCACACGGACCUGGCUAAAGGGCAAAAGGGCGGUGUUGUAAUAGCGGCGGUGCAGAAGAUGCGGCUCCUGCUGUACCCAGACAGCAACCGCGUGCUGGCACGGUAUUGGCAGCUGGAGGAGCUCGUUGACAGCGGCGUGAUUACGGAGGAGGACUUGCUGGCGUGGGUCCAGAUGCGCAAGUUCAAAGCAGUUAGGGUAGAGCUUGACGCUGGCGACAUCAUCUUCCUAGAUGGCCAUACAGUGCAUGCGGGUGACUGCGGUAUGGACGACUACCCUUCACUCCGUCUACACUGGUACUUCCUGGACGGCCAGAAGGAGAACGAGACCACGCACCUUAUCGUGUAUGGUGACGCCUUUGCUGCGCGGAUAGUACAGGAGCAGAGCCACUGCUGGGCACUUUUGUCGACGGUGGCCCAUGGGGCAUACAAGGGCGGGGGUCGUUGACAUGCAUCUCUGCAGCUUUUUGCUACCAUGUUGGGUACCGGGACCUGUGCAUUUGCGGGUGAUAAAGGCAGCGUAUGUUAACAUGACGGGAGGGCAAGCAUGUGAAAGUUAACGUCGUGACUUAGUUAUGGUUUUCCAGGCCUGUGGCUUUGGUCGAUUGAUGAGCAACAGGCUCCUUUCCAGCCCUCCUAGCACAUUGUGUUUCGUGCCGUUUAUAUGUUAUGGCUUUCUGUUGUUGCUGUCCACCUACGCUUUGCUUGUUGCGACGGGUAUAGCAGCCUUGCGUGCAAUGUGAUACACAGUCGAGGGUUCCAAAGAUGUGGACACUUGUGACGGUGGCCCAUGGGACAUACCGGGGCGGGGGUCGUUGACAUGCAUCUCUGCAGCUUUUUACUUCCAUGUUGGGUACGGGGCCUGUGCAUUUGCGGUGGUAAAGGCAGCGUAUGAUAACGUGACGGGAGGGCAAGCAUGUGGAAGUUGCCGUUGUGACUUAGUUAUGGUUUUCCAGGCCUGUGGCUUUGGUCAAUUGAUGACCAGCAGGCUCCUUUCCAGCCCUCCAAGCACAUUGUGUUUCGUGCCGUUUAUAUGUUAUGGCUCUCUGUUGUUGCUGUCCACCUACGCUUUGCUUGUUGCGACGGGUAUGGCAGCCUUGCGUGCAAUGUGAUACACAGUCGAGGGUUCCGAGGAUGUGAACACUUGUGCUUCUACAGGGGGCGCUCCGACAGGUGGGCUGUAUCGGCAUGUAGCAUAGUCGCUAUGUGCGAGGCCGUGUUGAGUUCAUUGGUAGCCUUCUCAUCGGGGGUAGCAUGCCGGACUGUCCAAUUUUACAGAACCCUGAGGGAAUUCCUGUCACUAAAGCCCCGCUCGUUUGCUGGUUGAAGUUUUGUUUGGCUAAACAUUGUUGGCGCCUCUAAAUAGGGUGCCAAAAGCCUGGAUGGAGUGCGCACUCCACAUGCCUUGUUCUCGAUCCUUCCACGUACUCCUAGUUGUUCAGGCGCUCAUUCAGGGCCCUCACACAAUUAAAGAUUCCAAGUCCACAGGACACGUCUUGUUCGGAUAAAGCGCUUUCCGUACAAGGUUACUUUCCACCAUAUUGAACCACAUCAGCUGCUCUCCUUGGCUCAUUAGGAUGAUUCCCAUCUUUGUAACAUUGAGUAUAAAGCUGCAUACCAGGCUUGUUUACACGUUCGUCGUCUCAACAGUCGUCCAACCUCCUUUCGGGCUGCUUGCCAGCAUCUUUCACUCACUUGAUUACCUCAACUCAUUCAGCAUUGAUGGCAGCGCUUAUCGCAGCGCCCAAACAUACUCUUUUCCUGAGACACGGGUUUAAAGCAUUAUGUCAGAAUACCAAAACGUGUGAUAGCUUCCAUAGCGGCAAUGCUGAAAAUGCCAAGAAGCCUGCUCUUACGCUCCACGGCACAUGCCAGGGCACAAAGGGCGGCCAGACAUCCUGCCCGCCAUGUUACCUUUGCCCGCAUGAAGCCUGCUGUGAGCAGUGGAGCCGGGUUGGAACUAAAACCCCGUUUUGCUCAAAUGCCUGCCUUGCGGCGCAUUUCAAGAUUCACCAUGGGUUCGACGCCUCGGCCCUGGUAGAGUACCUGUCUCCCGAGUACGCCGCCUUGAUGUAUGCAGACCUUGUCGACUUUAUGAACGACCCCGCUUGGAAGGGGAAGGGGACCCCUUCCAAGUACGAGGAGUACUUCAACAGCUUGAUGGAAGCCAUUGCGGAGAAGUACCCAAACACGCAGCAGCUGGCGGGCGCACAUGACAGGAUGUCCAGCGCUGUACUGGACGAGCUGGGACUGCCAUGCCACACGCCGGGUCCGUUGCUACCACCGUAUACGGUAGAUGACCCCCUCAGCCACCUCCGCAGGAUGGUCGCCGAGAACACCCUCCAGGCGCAUGUCCAUACACUCCGGAAGGAGGUAUCCGACGUGGACCAGGCAGCGGCUGAUAGCCUGAAGCAGGAUGCGGUGGCUGUCGCCACUGCAGCUGCCUGGUACCUUGGCGGGCGUGAGGGCACCUUGGGCUUGAUGAACGUUCCCUCCGCAACGAGCUACACCAAUUCAGCCGGGGGCAAUACCACGUUUACAUGCCAAACCUGCCAUAGUCUCCUGAACUUCACUGCUUAUGGGGUGCUUCCUGCCGGUGAAGCAAGCAAGUUAAAGGAGUCUUUCCCUGAGUUCUACUGCACCCGUGGUUGCCUGCCUCCGCGCCACAUGGACUCUGCAAAGCUCUACCGCCUUCUUGAGAUGGAGACGUGCCAACAAGCCUACAAGCUCGUAAAUUGGCUGCACGUCGAGGGCAUGCCACCAUACAUACCUUUGAGCUCAACCAACCCGUACAAGACGACACUCACACAACAGCUGCCCAGUGGUCAGCUUGACCGCCUCGACCCGCCCUUCGACGUGCAGACAGGGAGGCCGCCGCUGGUUACUAAGGACUGGCUUACGGCAGAGCUUGGGCGCAACCAUGCCUGCACAGGUCUUACAAGUGUGGAGAACUGCGUUGCAGCAGUGUUCGCACCCAAGAACAAGUCAUACCGCCUUGUCAAUCUGAACGUCCCCAGCGGCUCUAGCUCCUGGCUUUACGACAUCCGGGUUGCGGCAGUCAACCCCGGGGACUUCUUGGGCACGUCAUCCAACGUCAAUUUGCGGGACAGCACCCUGGUGCUGUGUGGGGCGAAAGGUACGGGAACGGCGUGCCACAUGGACCGCACGGAGGCGUUCAACGUGUUGUUCGCCCCUGAGCGGGAGGACGUGGAUGCGUCAAAGCCGUGCGCGCUGUGGACAUUUGUACGCCCAAGUGCCAUUGGGGCGUUUGGUGAUUUCCUCAGCAAGCACCCUGCAUCGCCCGGCGUCGACAAAAGUGCAAAGAAGGACAAGAAGGACAGCAGUGUCGUCGAGUGGGAACUACUGGCUGCAGCAACCUUGAAGGAGAAACGGCUGUCACCUGAUGGCUCCCGCAAUGCAUUUCACGGUGGGCCUCUUGUGGAUGGGGGCAGUGCGAACGUGUUCCGGCCAUUCGUGCGUGACGUGAACGAGUUGAGGGCGGCUCUAGGGGAGAAUAACGUGGUGGUGAUUGAGCAGUACCAUGGUGAUGUCGUGCACGUGCCGGCAGGAUGGAUACAUCAGGUGGAAAACGUGCAGGCCUGCCUGAAGCUUGCCUGGGAUACUCUCAACCCCCGGCGUUUGGUGCAUUACUUUGGAGUGCAACGCCUGGUGGUGCACCACGGGCUGUGGGGCUAUAGCCCUGAAGACUACAUGGCGAUAGAGGCUGUACUUGCAAAGGCCAUUCCAGAGAUCAUGAGGCAUGUCCAAUCAAAGUGAGGGGUGUAGGUACUUUGCACUGUCAAAGGGCCCCGUGGACAGCACAAUCGCUUGUAGGUAAUUGUGUGGGUGUUGUUUGGGAUGUACAGACGCAGUCUUAGGCUUAGCUUUACUCCGGGUGCCUGCUGCAUCCGAUUGGCAGCGGGUGCGUUGGGAUGGGAGGGGACUGCUGUACGGACCGGAAAGGUGGCGUUCUCAAGGCUGCAGCCAGCUAGGGGGCUGCAGGCUUAGCUUUUCACCGGGUGACUGCUUUUCCUUUAAGAAUGCUGGCAGCGUUUGCGUUGUGAUGGGAGGGGACUGCUCGCCGUACGGACUGGAAGGGUGGAGUCGGACUGGAAGGGUGGAAUCCUCAAGGCUUUAGGGCUGAAUUGUAACUGCUGGGUUUUAUUGCUAAAGCGUGCGCGUGUGUUUGCUGCAAGAAUGCUGGCAGCGUUUGCGUUGUGAUGGGAGGGGACUGCUUGCCGUACGGACUGGAAGGGUGGAGUC